UGUGCCACUCUCUCCCCGACCCAGCGCCACUCCUUAACUUGAUAUCUGUUUACUUUAGAGGAGGCAGUUUUGGAGAAAGGAUCAUAAAUAUCCUGGCCCAGUGCCCCAGGAGCCAUGACAAGCAAAAGAACAUACUCGCCUAGAGAUAGCCCUUGUGAUAUUUAAAUGUGUGGGUUAAUUUUUUAUCCACUUUAAUAACUGGAUUAUUCCCCUCCACCCCUCCUUUGCUUUCUAUUUCUGCUCGGAAGCCGUGGGCACAGAAAUCUCUGCAGGCAGAUUACUCCUGAGCAUAUUGCAGGACAAUCCUAUAACAACAGAUACAUUUGCAGCAUCUGGAUUCCUGAUCUUUCUUCGACAUGGCAGGUGUGAGUGGCUGUUUAAAAUAUUCUAUGUUUAUCUUCAACUUCUUGUUCUGGCUAUGUGGCAUUGUGAUCCUGGCAAUAGCGAUUUGGGUACGAGUAAGCAAAGACGGUCAAGAGAUUCUCAGCCCUGGGGAUUCUAGCACUAACCCCUAUGUUUCAGUGAAUAUCUUGAUUGCUGUGGGUUCUGUCAUCAUGAUUCUGGGUUUCCUGGGAUGCUGUGGUGCCGUGAAAGAAAGCCGCUGCAUGCUUCUUUUGUUUUUCAUAGGCUUGCUUUUGAUCCUGCUUCUGCAAGUAGCAGCAGGCAUCUUAGGAGCUACUUUCAAAUCUGAGUCCGAGCGCAUUCUGAAUGAGACUCUCUAUGAAAAUGUAAAGCUUUUGGAAGCAGCAGAUAAUGAUGCCAAAGCAUUCCAGAAAGCCCUGGCUGAAUUUCAAGAAGAGUUUAAAUGCUGUGGUUUGGUCAAUGGACCUGCUGACUGGGGAAAUAAUUUUCAACAGAAUUCCAAGUCAUGUGCAUGUCCGGGUCCAUCAGAUUCUUCUUGUACAUUGUAUGAUGGCAAACAUGUUUACAAACAGCCAUGCAUUUCUUUGAUAAAAGACGUAGUUGCAAAACAUAUUCUCAUAGUAAUUGGAAUUGCGUUUGGACUGGCAGUAAUUGAGAUACUUGGUCUGGUAUUUUCUAUGGUCCUGUACUGCCAGAUUGGGAACAAAUGAAUCUGUGGAUGUGUCGAGGUAUCACCCAUCAACCCCCUUUAAAAUUUUGCUUUGGUUUUGUAACUUUAAAUAUAUGAGUGCUGUACAUGUUAGGAGCAGCUGUCUUAUUAAAACGUCUCAUUUAGCUAGAUCACAGAUAUAUUCCAGACAUACUGAACAUAUUUAAGAUUUGAGCGACGCAAGGAAAAUGAUAUGAAUGUGAUUUUUACUUAAAAUAAAAGUAACACUGUUUGUGCUGGUGUA